GGCAGAGGGCGAACGGCCCCUCCAGGAGGGAGCCAGGAGAUUACGCAGCUCCAUGUAGGUCCACGCUUAGGUUGGGAGGAUCCACUAUGAAGAAGGUCAAGAAGAAAAGGUCAGAGGCCAAACGCCACCGAGACUCCACCUCCCAGCAUGCUAGCUCCAAUUCCACCUCUCAGCAGCCUAGUCCUGAAUCCACACCACAGGAGCCUAGUCCUGAAUCCACACCACAGCGGCCUAGCCCUGAAUCCACGCCACAGCAGUCCAGCCUUGAAACCACCUCCCAGCAGCCGGCAUCCCAAGCCCUUCCAGCACCCGAAAUCCGCCGCUCCUCUCGCUGUCUGUUAUCUCCAGAUGCUAACAUGAAGGCAGCCCCUCAAUCCAGGAAAGCAGGGCCUCUGACUCACGCCGGCCCACAUUCCUGCUCCUGUGCCACUUGCCCCUGCAGCUCUGCUUGCUGGCGUCGUCUGGGGCUGUGCCAUAGCCGCAUCUUCGAUGUCCUUCUGCCUCGGGACUGGCAGAUGGCGCCAGGGAGAGGACUCCCCAACCUGCUCACCUUCUACAGAAAACCUUCAAGAAAACCCUCCAGUCAUCGUAACACGUGUCCUCCAAGCCCUCGGAACUGUGGCUGUGGCUCUGGGGGCUCUAGGAGCUGCCUACUACAUCACUGAAUCCUUGUGAACAAGCCCCUAGGCCCACAGUCCGGCAGGUAUGUGGAGCAUUCUGUCCCUUCGAAUGGAGGUGAUCUUUUCAGGUGGAGCAAGCCCCGGCCUCUCAAGAGAAGCUUGACAGUGGAGUGACUCCUUCCUGGGCUCAGAGUCAGCCAGCAUGGCCCUCUAGGGAAGACCUGAUGUUCUCGAUGCUAGACUCAUUAUUAUAAUCAUCUGAACAGAGCCCCCACCUCCGCUGCCCUGGGAUGGUUUCCCUGGUCAUGGACCCUGGACGAGAGGAAAUGGGAGGGAUGGGGACAAAGUUUCCUACCCAUCUCGGACCUUUUUCCCUGCCUUGAAAGCUUGCCUCCUACCCAAUCCUACCGGUCUGUCACCCAUAAAGCCCCCUUCUUCCAUGAAACCUUCCUCCAUCUUCCCAACUUCAAUGAUGUCUUCCAUCUUCUCAAUCCCUGUCCUCUCCACCUGUGCCUCCUGUGUUGUGGAUGAUGCUGUUGUUUGCCUGUGGCCUGUCUCCCAGCUGUCCUGCAAGAUCCUUGAGGGCAAGGGGCAUGGCUCACACAGCCAUCUUCCCUCACCCCUGGAAGCAGAGCCUGAGACUGGGGUUGGAUGGACAGGGUUUAUUGAGGAGGUGCACUCAGGGAGUGAGGGAGGGAGGCAAGAGGAGGCAAGGGAAGGAGCUGAGAAGGAGGAGGCCAGACCUCAGCUUGACCCUGUGGGAGCCCUGGAACAAGAAUUACAACACAGUUAGUCUCAGCAGAGGGGAGAGGCUUGCCCCCUGGUGCUCCUUCUUGUCAAUGCUUGGCUCUAAGGGUUGGGUAGGGACUGCAUGUCUUUGUGGAAAGAGCAGCUCCCUUUGGGCUGAGGGCACUUCCCUAGA